ACCGACCUGAGCCAUCACAGGCUCCUCCCUUGCCUAUCUGUAUGUGGAACGGUAUAAUGGGAUGCCCAGGAACUUCAAGUGAGCAGGCCCCGCUGCCUCUACGCCCUGAAAUCAUCACACCGUCAUGCUCAAAAGAGCAAAAAAGGCACCACACUCAAGACAUCUCGGGCGGCAGCAAAAGUCGGUCUCUCUAACCUGCCCCCCACGCUCCAUUGUUGUCACCCCCAGCAGCACUCAUUUGAACGCAGCCCUAUUCACUGGCGCGUAGGCUCGUAGUGCCUUUGUACUCUUAACAAUGUAAAAUAGAGACUCCUCCGAAUCCGAAGCAAUUCUGAAGUCAACGUUACUUUAGUCCUUAAAAAAAAAAAAAUCUCUAUGACGAAACUCCCUCGCCGUCGCUAGCGGGCCCUCGCGCGAUGACGUACGAUGCCAAAAUGGAGGCGUCCAGUCUAAGGAGCGCCCGCUCUAUGGCAAGCGAGCAAAGGGACUCCAAAAUGGCAGCGCUCACCUGACUCGAUCCAAAAUGGCGCCGCCCAGGAGGAGGAGGGCUAACUCCAAGAUGGCGGCCUUGAUAGCGGUGAGUGGCCGGGGAGCAGCCCACUCCAAGAUGGCGGCUUGCAGAAAGUGGCUGAUGCUUGGGGGUGUCCGGUUUUACAAUGCGCCACGACUGCGGCUAAAGCUUGGCGGGGUGUACCUGCCGGAUCCUACCAACCCUCGCACGCCAUCCUGGCAGCUGGAAGCCUCCUACGAGCCCAAGCUUUUCGCGCGCUAUGGGGCAGCCUCUGGGGUCGACCCGGCCCGGCUCUGGCCGACCCCCGAGCAGCUCAAGGAAAUUGAGGCCGAGGAAAGAGAGUGGUACCCGCCGCUCAGGGAUAUGGAGGCGGCGCUGGACGUAAAAGAGCGGGAGGCUGAACUCCGGAAGCGGCAAAGAGAGGAGGUCAUAGCUGCCAAAAUGGCCAAGAUGCCACAGAUGAUUGCAGACUGGCGACAGGAGAAGGCAGAGCGCAAGGCCAAGGAACUUGCAGAGAAGGAGUGGCGGCAGCAGCUGCUGGCUGAGGCCCGUGAACGUUUUGGCCACAACUUGGAUCACCGCAGCUCCCAGUUCCAAGAACUGGUGGAAGAGAUGGAGAAGGCUAGACGGAAGGAGCGGAAGCUGCAGAAGAAGCAGCUUAGAGAGCAGGCUAUAGCCCAAAAGGCUGCAGAAACAGCCACUGCUGCCUCAUCACCAGACAAAGAGGGAGGGGAUGGUGGCAGCAGUGUCUCAUCAGGUCACAUAGACUCUUCUGGGUCUCUCUGACGUACCCACAGCCACCAAUGGAGGGCUGUGACUUGAACUGAUAGCUCUGUUUGGUUUCCAAAAUCCCUUUGCAAGUGUGGAUCCUAUGAGUAUAGAGAAGACUGCAAUUCUAAUGUUCUCUCACCACUCAUCUGUGUCCAAAUGACACCACAAUGGAUACAGUGUAGCAAAUGUCUUCCUGGUUAAUGCCUUUGGCUUCAUCUUUCCUGCCAGGGUAUCCUGUGGAGGAUGCAUCUAAAGAAUUGGUUGCUGCCUAACCACCUGCAGCAGGCUUGCUCUGUCCUUGCUGACUCACUCACUGCAAUGCCCUAUGCAGAUAGAGGGUAAAAUGUAUCUAGGAUUUGCUAUUGGCUCUCUGGGGCUUUAUUUUUAAAGCUGUUAAUCUGAUUUGUGAAAUGUCAAAACAACCACCCCUAGCUACUGUAUUGGGUAGGAUGUCUGUUUCGGAUUUACAGUCUAGUUUAGACAAAUAAAACUGAACAAGCUAAAAACCAGAGGAGGAGCUCUGAAGUUGCAAAAACACUGUAUGGGGUGUUGUGUUGUGUGUGUGUGUGUGUGUGUGUUAGUAUUCUUUCUAAGGGGUUCAGUGUGUAAUUUGAUCUUCAUAACAAAUCUGUCAGGUAGGUUAGCCUGAGAAGGUAAAUUGUCCAAGGCCACUCACAGAGGUUUAUUGCUAAGCCAGGAUUUGAAGUGGAAUUGUCCACACUCAGACCUGAUACUCUAGCCCUUGUGACAUCAUGUGCUUUUUAUCUUUUGGUGGGUAGGCAGGAAGGUGAUAGGUCUUAGAGCAGAUGUGGUGGUAAUGCGUGUCCAUAUGUUUCAGUUGCCAAUAUAACUGUGAUUAGGACUUGUUCCCAUGUUUUAGUACCUAGUUAAAUACCACUUGUAUAUCCAGUACAACUUUAUCCACUGAUCUCAUAGCAAGACAAUGAUUUUUCUUUACUGGAUUUCUAAAAGUAUGCCGGUAUUAGCAGGGUUGGAAGGGGUUAGAACUUGACCAUGAAGUAGGAUAUGUGAAACCAUGAGUUAUUUCUGACAGACAUAACUUAUGAAUGCAUCUUAAUGCAAGGGAUUUGCUAGCUUCGCUGCAGCAGCCCUAAGCCUCAGUUUGGCACAUCCAGUUGAGCUUUGCAAGGCUGCAGAACUUCUAAAAUGGCCAGCUAUUCACAAAAUGAAUCUUGCUUCAUUGCUGUUGGGUAUGACAACUUUAGUAAGACUAAAUGAUACCACACUGAUACCUGUGGAGUAGGAGGGAUAGUACAGAAAAGAUGAGCUGGCUAGAGCUAAAAGGCUGCUUUUAGCUACCUAGAAGGGCUAACUGUGGUCAUGUAGGGUUGGAUUUGCAACCCUGUUGUCUACCACUGAAAGAAACAGAAGGCAGUCUCCUUUUCAUUCUGGAAUACAUAGCAGCUCAUUCUUCCGCCCCGCCCCCCCCCCCUCAGUUCAUGAGAUGUGCAUUCUUAACUGCUCUGUAGAUCUUAGUUGCUAGGGAACAAUUUUGCUGACCAACCGCCUUCCACAGAGGAGGCUUUGCCUGUGCUAGAGCAUGUUGGAAGCAAACAUCCCAUUUGCAGCAGAGACCUAGCAGAAGCCCUAUAUAGAACACACAGAAGCCUAUAAAAGAUUGUGCUGUCCUCUCUGCUUAGAACUGUUAGUUGAAAGAGGCUGCUGCAUGCAAGCCCUGAGCCUUAUAGAAUAGUGAUCUGCCUCCCUCUAGUGGCAUAAUUGUGGAGACUCAUACACUGUUCUGAACCUCUCAGUGAAAACCACCUUCAUUUGGAGGUGAUCCUACAGAAAUUACAGGAGGAGAUAGGUACAAACUAGAUUUCAGAAAGAAGGUCUAAGUUCUAUAGACCUCUUGUAAGGAAGAAGCUCUGAUUAAGUUUCCUCUUUCCAUACUAAAAAUGUAUUUAACUGCAGUGGUUUUCCAAUUACUAGAAAUGAGGUGAACAGGCUCGGCCUUUCCUUACUCCCAACAAAGACCCGUGAACACUGUUUCCUUUUGGGGUAGAGGUUUGAAGGUGCAAUACUAGUCUUAUAACAAACUGUUAAAUGAGGAGGGGCCCUUUGUAUAAAUUCUUUAUUUUACAUUGUUUCACAAUUAAAUUAAAAUCAAAGAAUUCCCCCUUUAGCUUUUAAUUAAAGACCUAAUGUUCAGUUACUGGACAAUUUUUCUUUUGUUAGAAUCUCCUCCUGCCCCUUCCCCAGCUUUCUCCUUCACAGGGUCAGCAGGAGUAGUAUUUUGUGUGCAGCUGGUUUUCCUGACCUGAGAUGUAUCUGAAGCAGAAAGCUUCUCCUUGCUAAUGAAUAAUGGGAACUAAUUCAGUUUGCGGUAGUGGACCCAGCUGCGAUCAAGAAUUUCAGAUCAGUAUCCAGCCUGUAGAAAUAGCAGCCCCCUUCCUGCCAAGAAGCAGUGAGACAGAAAAGAACAAGUACUUGGCCAACUCUUCAUUGGUUAAAAGUAUUAUAGGGAUUCAAGUUACAAACUCUGCAGGGCUCUCUUCAGAUACAGGUAACUCAGAGCUACAAUCAGAGGCACUUUCUAGGCCUAAUUACAGUCCAAAGAGAGAGGAUACACAUGUAUACAUGCUUGGGGUUUAAGUCUAUAGCAGAGGUUCAACAGAACCUAUAUAAGGCAGAGAACAGCUAAGCUAAGGCAAGAUCUGUCAUCAUAUUAGCAGAUUAAUCUGCAAAACAGAUGAGGUAGAGUCAAUUUCAUUUAAAGAAAGUCAUCACAGCAGGUGGUCCAAGGUGUAGCUCCACACAUCAUCCCACCUCUCAUGGGAUUUAGAAGACACAUUCCUGGCCUUAUGUUUACACCUGCUCUGAAAUUCCCAUGAGGAUGACAGUGUAUACUGUCCUCUAUGCUUAAUGAGAAUCUCUCAGUGGGCUUGUCUUAUUCCAGGUUGUGUCCGGGCUCACUGCCAUCUAUUGCCUGUUGCAAAUUAACAGGAAGUCCUAUGAGCUACGAAUUUUUCAUCAAGCUGGAACUAGAUGGACAAAUUAUGGGGACUGUGCCAGGCACAGGACAGGAAAGGAAUGAAUGGACCCCUGUGUCAUGUGUACUCAUGUUGUGUACUGAUGUACACACACCUCAGCAAAUGCUGCAGGUGGCUUAAAGAACCAAGAUUCCACAGUACUCCAUAAGCAGCUGCUGCUGCUGCUGCUACAGUAAGGAAGAGCCCAAUCUUGUCCUUCAGAAGGUGGUAGACCAAAAGCAAGCCUUCAGUUAGAACACCAGCAGGACAGGACAGGCUGCAAUGAUCCAGGAUAAAGGAGAUCAGUCCUAUCUCCUCACUGAGACUCAAAGGGACAGAAGGGCCCUUCAUAAUUCAAUUAAGUGUGGUUGCUGCAGUUUAUCCUGCCUAAAGUUCUAUUUGAAUAGAUUCCACUCUCCCUCCCUGAAAAAUGUUCUGCUUACAGAGUGGGUGCAGGAGGGUAAAGAUAGCAGAGAACAAGGCAAUAGCAAGAGUGGCAUGUCACUGCUUUUUGCCACAGCAAGGGGUUUUUAAGGGACCAUUUUAACAAAGACAAUAGGACUGGUUUGCAGGUGGGCAAGCAGGGAUACAUGAAAGCAUUGCCCCUGUACUGAACACACCCCAAAGGCCUGUAAACAGCAACUUUUUCCUUUCCCAGUAUUUUGAAAUGUUGUCCUUAGGUUCAAUAUAAAAAGCUCCGUACAGUUUAAUUUAAAAGAGAGAGAGAAACAUCAGGCACUGGCUCUUUCAGGUCCAACACCAACAAGUCACAGAGGAUCACCUGAUGUAUGUAGGCUCUGGGGGAGCUGUGGCUUUUGAGAUUAGCAGGGACCUACAGGGAAAGUGGAUGCUAAUUGGCCAAGGAAUAUAAAAUAGGAAACCAAGGGGUACACAUGGCCAUGGAUCAGGGCACACUCAGCCUAUUCCCAGAUGAUUAUGAAACUAGAGGAAGGGGAAGGAGAAUUUAGCCCUCAUUUCUAAGACCCUGAGGAAGGAGAUUUAUUCAUGAAUGUGGGCUCCCCAGCUGCUUCAAGGGCUUGGGAACUGAAAUCCAGAUAUCUGAAGUCUAUCCAUUUGCCCACACCAAACAUCAGGCUCUAGACCUUCAGUGAUGUGGCACAACCUUGGUGGUGACACACUCGUUUGAACUAACAAUCCCGCCACCCCGCAAAGGCAGCAUCACAAGGUCUUGUACUUUGGCAGGUUCUCUCUUUGGUCCAGAUACUCCUCAAGAACAACAGUCUACCUCCUCCUCAUAAUCAGGAGGCAAUUAGCACUCCAUUCCCUAGGAAGGGCUAGCUCCAUCUGCACCAUUUUCUUCCUGGUUGGCCUUCAGUUUGGACAAUACAGCAUGGAUCCGGAAUAGUGUUCGUGAUUCCAUUGAGUAAUUCUUGUAGUUGUUCCUGUUGGGAAAGACAUUCAGCAGCUGUUAUAUUCCACUAUCCAAUGUAGUGUGUGAACAUUUUAGAAGAUGGGUGCAGAAUUUAGAUUAAAGUCACCUCAGGCUGCACCAAGAAAAUCCAAAUCUGGCAUAAAUCUUGCAAAUUAAACACCUUCAUUUUGCUUCGCUUCAGUUUCCACUAGCACCUUGGCAGAAUGCUGGAAAACAUUUAAGCCCUCAACCUUGCUUAUGCUUCUCUGGCUGGGAGCACCAGAAACUGCUAAAAAGCUUUCAAAUUCUUCUCUGCAACAAUAAGGGCUCACAUAAUUAUUAGUAUUCUGGCAGUUCAUGAAUCAUGGCUACUGCAGGGGGCCGCCUUUCAUCUCCUAUUUUUUGCUGCUGUUCUUUUUUAAAUUGUUGCUGCAACUCUCACUGCCUGCUUCUAGUAUAUUAAAGCCACAGCCAGACUGACAUCUCACUGAAUUCAAGAGUGCGUACUUAGUCAUGACUAACUACUCUGCAUGCUGCCCAUUGUCUUUUAAUUUGUAUUUGAAAUUAUAUUUUUGUGACUUUAAAUUGUGUUAUGAACUGCCUUGAAUCCCUUUUGGAGAAAGGUAGGAGACAAUUUUAAGCAACAAGAUGAUAAUAAAGUCGGGGAAGAAACAGA